AUGGCUACCCCUAGUGUCCUCGCUUUUGACGCUGAGGGUCGGGCCAUUGACUUUGACGUCUGGGUAGAUGACCUGCAGCUUUUCCUACAGUGCGAUAAGGCAGACGGUCUCUCCCUCUUUGACCUCACCUCUGGUGCCUCUCCUGCUCCUGCUGCUGAUGCUGACGCCACUGUUCGCUCACAGUGGGCCACGCGCGAUGCUGCUGCACGUCUUGCUGUGCGUCGCCACCUCCCUACCUCUGAGCGUGCGCACUUUAGUCAGUACAAGAGUGCUCAGACCUUGUACGACGCUGUAGUUGCACGCUACUCCUCCCCUACCACUGCUGCAUUGAGCCGUCUCAUGCUACCGUACCUCUUCCCUGACCUUGCUGCCUUUCCCACAGUCGCUGACCUCAUUACGCACCUCCGCACUAGUGACACUCGCUACCGCGCUGCGCUUCCUGCUGACUUCUGUGCCAAGAACCCCCCCCCCAUGUACAUCACUCUCUACUACAUAGUCACUCGCCUCCCUGACUCCCUUCGCGUAGUCAGGGACCACUUCCUCUCAGUCUGUCCUACCACUCUCACUGUUGACCUCCUCGAGAAGUCCCUCCUAGCGGCCGAGAAGAGCAUAGUCGCUGUAGGGGCCUCUCGUGGUGACCCACGCACCCCCAUCUUUGAGAGGUGUUCCCCCUCCCCCCUUCUGCCCUCUGUUGCCUCUGCUGCUGCGGCCGACCUCCUUGGUCUUGAGUCGGUCGGUUCGACGUCUGCCCCUAGCGGGAGACGCCGCUCUGGCAAGGGCAAGGGGGGCAGGGGCAUCGGAGGAGCGAGCGGGGGCGGUGGAGGUGGAGGUGGAGGCGGCGGGGGAAGUGGGGGUGGCGGUGGGAGUGGAGGUGGGGGUGGAGGUGUCGGUGGCGGCAGUGAAGGCGGAGGCGGCGGCGGCGGUGGCGGUGGGAGUGGAAGUGGCGGAGGUGGUGGCGGUGGAGGAUGCGGCGGAGGCGGCGGUAGUAGCGGAGGCGGCGGAGGCGGCGGAGGCGGCGGGGGUGGCGGUGGAGCUGGUCGCGGGUCUACGCAGAGGAGUGGCUCCGGUGGUGGUCCGCGCCAGCAGCAGCAGCGCGGUCGUGAGACCCUGUCCCCUCAGCAGCUCCGUGAGUGGUACACUGCACGCCAGCGGGGUGUGGGUUUCGGUCCGUGCGCCUACGUCCUGCACACCGACGACCGUGCGGGUGAGCAGUGUGGGGGUGCGCACCCCACCCAGCGCUGCUUUGGCCGCCUGACGGACGCGUGGCGUCACCAGUUCCCGGAGGCCAGAGAGAUCCCUCGCUGGGGCGAGCUGUCUAGGGCGGGAGUUGCCAUCUAUGAUCUUGAUUUUGAUGCUAUCCUUUCUGCCAUGUAUCCUGUGUCUAUUAGUGAUGAGGGUGACUGUUACCGGUGUUUCCCGCCCGACCCGGGCAUUGAGACUGCUGCUCUAGGUUCUGGUGAGGCUGCUGCUCUAGGUGCCAGUGAGGCUUCUGCUCUAGGUGCCAGUGCGUCUCGUCCUCAGGUGCUGAUGAGUCUGCGCUCGCAGCCGGUUGCAGUCUCCUUGGCAGACCCCUCUGGGGGUCCUGUCCUUUCUCACUUCUCCACUGUCCUCCCGUGUCCGGCGGCCCCCUCUGGCACCUUUUCUGGUCUUUACCUCCCCUCGUUCUCUACAAACUUGGUGAGUGGUGCUGACCUACAGGAUGCGGGGGUUCAUCAGUUUACUCUUGCGAGUCAGCGGGUGACCCACUGCUCGGACGCUCGCACAGGCCGGCACCUGGCCACGUUUACGCGUUGGCCGGGGUCGAGCCUGUACACCCUGACCACUGACUCUCCUCCUGUCCCUGCGUCUGGUCAGGUAGCUGCGUCGGGUCAUAUGUUUGCUGCAGCGUCCAGGUCUGGUCUUGAGUCUGCCCCCUGCUCGUGUCGCCUCCUGUCUCACGAGACUCUCCUCUGGCACCACCGCCUUGAUCACCCCUCCCUGCCUCGUCUCCGAGGCAUGGCCUCCUGUGUACUUGUCUCUGGUCUUCCCCGGUCCCUCCCUCCCCUUCCUUUGGGGCCUGGCCCCACCUGCGUCCCCUGUGUCAAGGGGCGGCUGCGGGCUGCCCCUCACUCCUCUCAGUUUCCCCCGAUAGAGGCCCCGCUGCAGACGCUUCACAUGGACGUGUGGGGCCCGGCCCGCGUCCGUGGACAGGGUCACGAGUGCUACUUCCUGCUGGUGGUUGACGACUACUCGCGUUACACCACAGUCUUCCCCUUGCGCAGCAAGGGUGAUGUCACUGAGGUGUUCAUCGACUAG